AUGGUUUCAUUGACCUCACGGACCAUUUGUUUUCUUCUGCUACGGGCCCAGGGCAUGCCCAACGCAACAUCCUUGUCGAUGAAUGAGACCCACCGCGACCUCCAGUCUUCUGGUUCUCCAGGCGACUCUUGUGUGUCAGAUGCUGCGUGUGAUUCAGGGCAUUGCCUUGGCGGGACUUGCUGUGAUCCAGACGCAACAACAUGGACAAAUUGUGAAGCAUGCGGUUUUGACGCAGGCUUCUGUUCUGCGUGUCUCCCUGGAUUUUCCUGGGUCAAUGGCGCAGGGUGUGUUGCGCCGUGUGGGCACGAGAGUUAUGGCUGCAAGAUCGACUGCCAGCAAGACGACGGCCCAGCACCUUGCGGCAAGUCGUGCUGCGAUCUCUUCCAGGAGGCCUCUGCGGACCUCCACGACAGCAGCGGCAGCAGCCCCGCGGGGGAGCCCGGCUGCGACCUGGUCCUGGAGACCGUGCAGCGCCAGUGCGAGGUGUGCUCCUCGUGCCAGGUCGAGACGGUGGAGGCCGAGGCGAGGCUCCUCCGCCUGCCGCGGGCCGGGUGGCGGUCCACCUCUGGGGCGGUCGCUCCUGCGGCGCUCGGAAUGGCCGCUGUGCUCGGCGGGGCCGCGGUGGCGCUCGGGCGACGGGGCGCGGCCCCAGAGCCGGCCGGCGCCCCCGAGGUCGAUGAGGAGGUCGUCCCGAUCAGAGCUCCGCGGGCGCCGCUCGCGGCGGGCGCGCAGGGCCCCGCGGCCACGCACGGCGCAGGGCAGCGUUUGUGGGCAGCCGGCUCUCUUGGAUGUCUCCGCCUGCGCUGCCUUCAUACUUGA